AUGGCGCAACACGAGCAAAAUGCUAAAAUCAGAAACAGAGAAAGAAGGGGCAUUCCUAAUUUUAUAAGCCAUGAUUUCCAGCUCCAGCUAGAAAGCCACGACCAGAGGUUGAAGUCAUCAGAAGAUUAUAGUUUUCAUGACAUCCAAGCACAAGUCCAUCUUCGACCUAAACUGACAGUGAAUCCAGCAGUGAUCACAGAGACAGACUCAGUCACACUGAACUGUCAGACUCCACCAUCAGUGUCUGUGACUCAGUGUUAUUUCUACACUUUAAGUGGAGGAACUAUCAGAGUCCUCUCUUGUCUGCAGACACUGACAGGGACUGAACUGCUGAAGAUGGCUCAUCAGAGUUCACCUGCUACGGUUGGAUUGCAAUGUUAUUACAAAGCAAUGAAUGGAGAGAAAACUUCUUGGUCUCUGCACAGUAAUACAUCCUCCAUCACCAUACAAACUAUUCCUCCACCUAAACUGACAGUGGAUCCACCAGUGAUCACAGAGACAGACUCAGUCACACUGAACUGUCAGACUCCACCAUCAGUGUCUGUGACUCAGUGUUAUUUCUACACUUUAAGUGGAGGAACUAUCAGAGUCCUCUCUUGUCUGCAGACACUGACAGGGACUGAACUGCUGCAGAUGGCUCAUCAGAGAUCACCUGCUGAGAUUAAAGUGAAAUGUUAUUACACUGUAAAACGUGAAGAGACAAAUUCUCCAUCUCCACACAGUGACACAACCUCCAUCAUGAUACAAAGUGCUGCAGAAAACAAUGAGAGAAAAACUGAUUUAACAACUUCCAUUUCUACUACAACGUCACCUGUGGGUGGAGGUGAUGAAGGUCAGACUGCUAACAGAGCUACCACUCCUGUAACUCUUGUAAAACUAGCAUCAGAUCAGAGUUCUGUUCAACCAGAUAAUAUUGUUGGCUUGACCUCUACUUCCUUAACAUCAGUAAAAGCAACAUCAGAAACAGUUACUGCUGAUAUUAAUCUAAGUGCAAAAGGUAGCAUGACGACUGCUGUUGAAACUCCUCUGAAUGUGACAUCAGGAGACAAUAAUACAGAUAGUUUUCAUGACAUCCAAGCACAAGUCCAUCUUCGACCUAAACUGACAGUGAAUCCACCAGUGAUCACAGAGACAGACUCAGUCACACUGAACUGUCAGACUCCACCAUCAGUGUCUGUGACUCAGUGUUAUUUCUACACUUUAAGUGGAGGAACUAUCAGAGUCCUCUCUUGUCUGCAGACACUGACAGGGACUGAACUGCUGAAGAUGGCUCAUCAGAGUUCACCUGCUACGGUUGGAUUGCAAUGUUAUUACAAAGCAAUGAAUGGAGAGAAAACUUCUUGGUCUCUGCACAGUAAUACAUCCUCCAUCACCAUACAAACUAUUCCUCCACCUAAACUGACAGUGGAUCCACCAGUGAUCACAGAGACAGACUCAGUCACACUGAACUGUCAGACUCCACCAUCAGUGUCUGUGACUCAGUGUUAUUUCUACACUUUAAGUGGAGGAACUAUCAGAGUCCUCUCUUGUCUGCAGACACUGACAGGGACUGAACUGCUGCAGAUGGCUCAUCAGAGAUCACCUGCUGAGAUUAAAGUGAAAUGUUAUUACACUGUAAAACGUGAAGAGACAAAUUCUCCAUCUCCACACAGUGACACAACCUCCAUCAUGAUACAAAGUGCUGCAGAAAACAAUGAGAGAAAAACUGAUUUAACAACUUCCAUUUCUACUACAACGUCACCUGUGGGUGGAGGUGAUGAAGGUCAGACUGCUAACAGAGCUACCACUCCUGUAACUCUUGUAAAACUAGCAUCAGAUCAGAGUUCUGUUCAACCAGAUAAUAUUGUUGGCUUGACCUCUACUUCCUUAACAUCAGUAAAAGCAACAUCAGAAACAGUUACUGCUGAUAUUAAUCUAAGUGCAAAAGGUAGCAUGACGACUGCUGUUGAAACUCCUCUGAAUGUGACAUCAGGAGACAAUAAUACAGGUGAGCAAGAAAAACAGUUACUGCUGAUAUUAAUCUAA